CUUUCAUUCAGGGGUGUGACGCAUAAUGGUUGUUGUGUUUGAGUUUGUAGGCACACACAUACCGUUUAAAAAGUUUAAAAAGCACUAUUCUCUAGCUUACUUUAGUUAAAUACAGCUGCUUAGUCAUUGGAACUUCUGGAAAAAGGGUUAGCCUUAUAAAUUUCGUCGAAGUUUUGCUGCAUUUUCGUUCAUUUCUGGCAACAUGCCGUCGACAAAGUUUAUCAAGAAGUUACGACCGAAGAAGAAAAAGGAUAAAGAUAAGCAUAAGGGAAGCAUGACCUCUCUUGCAGAGACGCAAACACAAACACCAUCUGAGGUCGAAACUCGCAAGGAAUACAUCACAGAAUCCGUCCUUAGUAAGGUAAACUUAGAUGCUUUGAAUGAAAAAGAUGAUUCUAACACCUUUAAAAGCAACAUCGAAAAUUAUAUUGGUACUGUGAAGGUGCCAGUUGGUGCCGUACAGGUAAAAGUAAAUGGCAGUCAUGCCAACGGGAGUUACACUGUCCCGUUGGCAACGACAGAAACAUCCUUGGUCGGAACCUGUAACAGAGGAUGUCAACUGAUAAAUAUGUGUGGUGGUAUUGAAUCUGUAGUUAUGAAGAAACAGGUCCAGAGUGCGCCGAUCUUUCAGUUUGAGAACCUUCGUCUAGCUGUGAAGUUCGAUGAAUGGUUAGGAUUACCGGCCACUUUUGAGUCGAUAAAAGUUAACGCCAUCGCUGUAGUCGAAGAAGCCACACUAGUCAAACUGGAACAUUCUGUACACGGCAACAGCGUGUAUUCCCGUUGGUAUUUUGACACCGGUGACGCCGUAGGACAGAACAUCUCUACCUAUGCUACCAAAGAAGCUAUGGAAGAAAUCCUUAAGACAGCUCCUGUUCAACCGAGCAGUUGGGAUCUGGACGUUGGUCUUGCUAGGAACAGACAGGCGGCGACUAGUCUGAUGCUAGAUGGGCGUGGGGUGUACGUAACUGGUGAAGUAGUCUGUCCCAAGGAGAAGCUUGAGGAGGUGUUUCAUGUAUCUGCUGAGAAGUUAGCUUCCUUUUCAAGAGAGUCGAGAACAUGGCAACUAAUCUCACACACUGCAGCGCCAAAAUACUGGCAUUUCUCACAUACAGUUUCUUCAAACAUUCAUCUCGAAGGAUCAACGUACCAGUCGGCCAGAGUCAUCGCUGCCAUAUUGGUUGCUAGUGGACUAGACGCAGCCGCAGUCGUUGAAUCACACGUCGGGAUCACGGACAUGAAACUUACCAAAAAUGGUGACCUCAGAGUUAUUGUGACGCUGCCAUCACUGAUGGUUGGAACCACUGGAGGUGGAACCAAGUUGCCGAGCCAACAGGCUUGUCUUCAAAUCAUUGACCUCCCAGAAGAGAACAGUAGAGAAGCGUUUGCAGAGGUCGUGCUUGCUGCAGUAAUGGGUGGCGAAAUAGGAAUGUGUGCUGCUAUGGUUGGCCACCAUUUUUUCAAGACAAAGAAGAGGAGUGACUCUGAAACGCCAUCAACAUCCAUACCGAAUGGAAAUCCGGUCAUUGUUGAGGAUACAGAGGGUGAGGCAGCUGCUGAACAAAAAGUCAACGGAGACGCGUCGCCAGAAGAAAUUAAAAAAGAUACGACGAAACCAGAAGAGUGAACCCAAACUACCUGUACGAUGACAUUAUAUCUAAUAGUAGUGUUUCCCCCAUUCUUUGUAAAUAAAAUGCUACAUCAUCUGAAGGCAAAAUUCGAACAACUGUAAGAUAAGUCCUCGUAACUGAAUGAUCUCGUCUAUUAGACGUAUGCGUAACUUAGUGACUAUGAACUCCGAAUCUGAGAAAAAAUAUUUAUUAACUGCAUAAUUUGAAGGCGGCCAUCCUGUUAAAUAAAGUGUUUUGUCAUUCAAAAAUUGUCACCUACUUAAGACAAUCUCAUUCAUAUAUUGUGUGCAUCAGUUUGUUUCAAUGACUCAAGGAUGAAAUAUAAUUCCACAAGUAGGUACUAAGUAAUGCAUCAGACGCUCCAAAAUACGCUGCACUACAGACCAUGAAAUUACUGUACUUUCAUUUGCUCGACCUGGAUGCCCUUUUAAUGAGGCGGUACGAUACUGCUACUUGACUUUACGAAGAAUUUCCCAUGUUGAAAGACACUAGACCUUUUGCCUGGGUCAACAUAUAUAAAGGCCUAGGUGUGUGUAUUUCUAUCAAUAGUCUUAUUUAAUCAAUCUAACUUGCUACUCGUGAUAAACCGAUCAUCUUUAAAAAAAAUUUCCAACAUGAUGGAGAGGGAUUCAACGGAGCCAGUUUGACAAUUGAGGGCGCUUCACGGUGCUGUGAUGGAUUAAUCCUAGAGAACUUGGUGAGGAAAAUGUUCCUCCACGGCAACGAUCUUAUAAGAUCUCGACCAUGAGACGAGGGAGGGCGGCAUUCAAUCUGCCUCUGAUUUUGCUUGUCUUUCAAUAUGAUCUUUUAUUCAUGUUUGCCGAUACCUUUUCAUUAUUAUUACAAUUACAAUUUAUAAUAAUAUCUUUUGCAUGCAUCAAUGUAGAAACAGCGACGAUGAAGAGCAUCCACUAAAACUUAGACCUGUUUACUGUAAUACCAUUUUUAUUAUUUAUAUUUAUCUCGUACCGGCUAUACAGUACAAUUAUAAUAUGCAAGAUUUUUGUUACGUUUAUAUUAAAAUGUGUGUACAUGUUAGUAAAUAUAGACAAUGAUAUGUUGAUUAUUAUCGUGCAUGGUGACAACAUAAAGCUGGUUGGCAAUAAUUAAUGCCACGAUACUAUACGGGUGAAUAGAUUUUUCUAAUUGAUUUUAUAUAGCAAUGUAUUUUGUAACUUUUGUAUAAGAAAUAUAGCUUAAAAAAGUUGGAGAGCCUGUAAAUAUUUAAAACUCGUUAUUGAAGUAUGCCAAUGUAAAGUACACGAAAAAUAACAACAUGACAUUAUUAUUUUUUGUAAUAAUGAAGUAACAGGCUGAAUACAGUAACAAAAAUGCAUGAUAAUUUGGAAGUGUCAAUCAAACUUAACUGACCAAUCAAAAAAUUUUAGUUAAUAAUCAGGAAUAGGCGCAUGUCCCACAAACACAAGUUCAAGUACGUGUACCCUCUUUGAGUUCUCACUCUUUAGCAAUAGUAUCCUGAGGGGCAGGGAUAAGCGGAAACUUACAUUGAGUCUUCUGUUUGCGACUGCGUAACGAUGUACAUGUAGACGCGCUGCUUUGCAAAUACAGGUCUCCCUCCAACUAAUGACCACUUUGGGGACUGGCGUUUCUGUUGUCUUUAGCAGUUUUGGUCUCUAUUUAGAAUAAUAUAUAAAAGACAUUUGUUAAUUUGAGACCACAGAAAAACGGUCUUUAAAUGGAGGUGGUCUUUAAUUGGAGGGGUAUUUAAUUAGAGGGAGACCUGUAUUUAAAUGAUGGAAAACUCAAGAUUGCUAGGGCAACCGUUACAAAAAAAAAAUAAUAAUCUAAAACAAUAGUGACGUAUACGUCUGUGUCACAAAGAAAUACAGUAGCUGCAUAUUGAGUAUGAUGAUUUGGUGAUGCAGGCUAUCUAUUUGCCUCUGUAUGCAAUAGAGUGAGUGUAAGAGUGCGUACAGGCGGAUAUUUCCAAUAAAGUGAAUUAGAAAGUCAAGAAGAAGUUUAUAAAAAUUAGAAUUAUUCACUAAAGCCCAGUGAAAUUCACUCUACUGAUUCUCUUGCAUUUAGAAAGUUUACAACAAAGGCAUGUCCAUCGGAGUAAUACCGAGUUCUAUUUUAAUCAUUUAAUAUUUUCAUACGUUUUAAUAUUUUUAAACGUUAAUACAAUUUUAAUAUUCUCAAUAGUGCAUGAACAACGGAAAAGAAUUUAUACUUUUUUUGACAAAUAUUGACAUACGUAAGGGUAAUAUGUACGGUAAUAACUCAUUUACAUAUACAAUAUAUUUAUUCUAUAUCAGUUUUGCAUGUUAUUAUAUCAGAUAAUUCAGAGUGAACUAUGUCAACAUAAUUUUAAAAUUAAUUUUCGUAUUUUAAAUUAUAACCAAUGUAUUAAUUCCAAAUAAUUUCGAUAAUAUUUCUGUCAUAUUAUAACGAGCUAUUUUUUCUCUUUUAAACUACUUUUGUCUAUAUCGAAACCAAACGAUUUAUACAUUGCACCUUGACAUUUGACCAAAUUCGAACUGGUUUUGACUGUGUUUGUGUUAUUGGCAGCUAUUUUGUAAUGCCGUUAAUAUGUUUAAAUUGUUUCGGGCGGCUAUUUUUUAUAAUGCUGUUUUGGAAAAAAAUUCAAGUGUUAGUUGUUACCGUAUUACAUUGAAAUAAAAUGUAAAGAACAUAUUUAGUCAAUCUUUAAAA